AUGGCCUCAGACAAACCAUCAACAGAUAUAAUCCCGUUCGCCAAGGCAACGGAGAUCAAGAGGCUCGAUGCCAACACCUACCAAGCCAACCUGGUAGACUCAUUCUGCAUCGGCGCCGGCCAAAACAUCACUAACGACUUGACAGUUCCCAACGGUGGCUACGUAGCAUCAUGCAUUCUCCAAGCCGCUAUCCUCCACGGCUCCUCCCGUUCCCCUUCCAACCCCCAACCGCACGUCAUGAACGCUCACUUCGAGUACCUCAACCGCACCCAAGUCGGUCCCGCAACCAUCCUUAUCGAGGUCGUGAAACCCGGUCGUCAACUAACCACCCUACACGCCACUUUGUACCAAGGCAAUUUGCACCAAGACGACACCUCCACCUCUGACCUCCUCCCAACAAAAACCCUUGGCAAGAAACGCGUAACCGCCUACCUGGUAAUGACCAACCUCUCCUCCCUCACCGGUCUUUCCCUCAACACGCAAUUCACACUCCUCCCCCCUCCCCUUGUCCCCUCACCCUCCCAAAACCCCGAUUUCUCUCUGCUCAAACAAGACCGCGACCCCCACUGGACCGCCAUCCCUUCUCUACUACCCCCUGGGUCCGGAUCCGGAUCCGAAUCCAGCUACAUCCGAGCUCUACAAAACACCCACUUCUACAUUCCACGACGGGGGCAGGUUCGCAAAUCCAUCAUUGACCUCUGGAUUCGGUUAUCGUCAGGCGAAAAUUUCACCAAUGCAUCGCUCGGGUACGUAAGUGAUUGCUGGCCGUAUGUCGUGGAGGCUCAUCGCCCUAGAAGUGAAGAGGAAAACGCAAAGGAGGAGGAGGGGGUUGGAUUCAGACAUGAUGCGAAGCAUUGGUAUCCUACGGUGGUGAUGAACAUUGAGCAAAAGAAGGCUGCACCGGAAAAGGGAAAGGAAGAAGAGGGCGGCAGCGGCGGGUGGGAGUGGUUGAGGAUGAGGGUGUCAAGCAAGGAGGUUAAGGGCGGGAGGUUUGAUUUGGAGGUGCUGGUGAUGGAUGAAAAGGGGGAGCUGGUGGUGGUGAGUAAUCAUGUUGGGUUGGUGUUGGGGAGUGAGAGGAAUUUGGCGGGGAGGGGGAAGGGGGGGAUGAAAGGGCAGAGUAGGAUUUGAUGAGGUGGUCGUGAU